AUGAUUCUUGAUGUCCGACGUAGUACUAAUGUUGAUGCUAAAGGGCUGGGCAUCGGAGAUUCCUUGCGCUCGGCCGAGGCGAGGGCCGAGUCCGACGCCGGCGCCGCAGGAGCCGCAGGUUCUUCCGCACAUCGGCCGCAGAGGCCCAGCGAGCCCCAAGAACCUCACAGGAGUGAUGUCGCCCGAAGUGACAAGAAGGGCAGUACUCCUGCGCAGGGUCAGGGUCAGCGCAAGGGCACGAAGGUGGAUCUACAAAAGGCAGCCCCUGAUGCUUCUGCUGCAGGCCAAGGCCGGCAUGAGAAGCUCGUGCUGACACCUCGCCACAUCACCGUAGGCCCUGGCGAUGGCCAUGGCGGCCACGGCGAAGCUCGGACCUACUCCGCAGGCGCUGCUUCCCUCACAGCCACACGUGGCUCCGGCUCGGGACAUGGAGAGUCAGACCGCAGCUGGCGGCACGUUUCAGAGGCGGGGGCGGAGGUGGCCAAGUCCGGCGAGCGAUCCGCUGCGGCUGAGCCGGAUGAGCAGAUGCACGGCAAGGCCGUGAAGCUGACGGGCUCGAACGCCGUCCAGAGAGGGGAAGCAGGUGCUUCCUCGAGGGCAGAGCUGGGGCCGCGGCCGACAAGGGGCGAGUCUGGAGAGCCAGUCAAAGAUCGCGGGGAGGCAUCCUCGCGAGGCACUGGGCAGCCCCAACGAGCGGAGGACGGGUGGGACGAGGAAGUGUACGACUACAGCGCAGACCAAUACCGGGAGCCUGUUAGUGCACGUCGCGAUGAAGGCAGGCCACUGCCCCCUCGACCUCCACUUGCUCGACCCCGCCAAGUGGUGCUGAAGUCUCGAAGCAGGAGUCCCAAAAGCUUCGCAGCUCGGGACACCGACAGGCAUGGUGCCCGUGCACACGGCGGACACAAGGAGGAGGCCCUUGCUGAUUGUUGCUCUGUGGAGAGAUGCUUUACCGGCAGAAACCAGGCCGAUCGCUCUUACCGCGAGUGGCCAAGGGCUGUUGCCAAUGGCGCUCAGCACUUCAGCUACGAGGAGACACUUGAAAAAGAGGCUUAA